AUGUCAUCACCGCCACCAUCCUACGAACUAUCCAUCCAAAUCUUCGGCCCGGGCGAAGACCCCCACCACCGAUCUCAUUGGGGCUUUUUGAUAGCUAAGCCCUCAUCACCAACCGGCGACCUUCUCCACGUCCAAGUCAUCCACCUUGACAAUCUCUGGUACCAGUUUGAAGCGAGGAUAAACACCCCGUUGCGCACCAUGGAGACCAUGAUGCAGGCUGUCGGGAAAGUCAAGCUUGCAACUCUUGGUGGUGAGCAGCAGCGGCAACAGGCUAUCGAGGUUAUCACGGCUUCGCCUGCGCCGAGGGAUGGGAGGAAGAGAUUUCAGGAUUGGGUGCUUGAUACGUUGUUGUCGUUGGAAGUGGAGGAGGUGGUGCCUGCUGGGACGUGUCAUUUCUGGGAGGGGUUGGUGGGGAGGUCGGCGGCGGAGGUGAGGGAGAGAUCUGGGGUUGAGUGGGUUGGUGUGUAG